CUUUUCUCUGGAGCUCGCAAAUCUAUCUCGCGUUCUUCCCUGUUCCUUUGGUCAGUGAGUUCGUUGGCUUCUGGUCGACCCCGCUGCAGCCUCAAGCAAGCAUCCAAGAUACAUCAUCAUUAUCAGCAGGAUACGGCGCAAGAUACGGUGUGUGUAGAGUAGCCCAGAGCAUCGGUUGCAUCGCGUGGCGUUGGCAUCGGUGGAGGGGCGAGUUGAGUUGGAGGUGAAGCAUGGGCAAGACGUUUCGUGUCCUUCUCAAGGGGCAUUGCGUCUACAGGUAAGCACGGAGAGAGAGGGAGGGGGACAGGGUCAGGCAGACAGACAGGCAGACAGGCAAGUGGAGGGGGCACCGCAAGCCAAGGCAUAUCAGCAAGUCAGAGCUGAAGCUGCAUUCACUUGGAGCGAGGGCCAGUCUAGUCUCUAGUCCGUUGUGCACAAUCACAUGGCCAUGCCCUGUGUGUCCCAUGCUUGCCUGCCUGCCUGCUUCCCUUUGUGCUGUGCCUGUCUGUCUGUGUCCCUCUGCGUGUUGUGUCCUGCAGUUGCGUUGACUGCGGCACCCACCUGACCCACCACGACGAGCUGGUCUCUACCAGUUUCCGAGGACGCACGGGCCAAGCCUGGCUCUUCGGAAAGUGAGUCAUGCAGAGCACCACCACACGCCACGAACACACACAACAGAACAGUGCAUUGGAUUGGGUGCUCUGCUCUCAUGUCUGCCUGUGUGUAUGUGUGUUUGGUGUGCAGGGUUGUGAACGUGUCUGAGGGUCAGCAUGAGAACCGCGACAUGACCACCGGCCGGCACACCAUCGUCGAUGUCUUCUGCAACGAAUGUGGAUCCAACCUCGGUGCGUGUCGUUGGCUGAAUGGAUCCAUGUCAUGAGGCAGGCUGGCCGGGCCGCACUCCCUCCCUCCCUCCCUGUGGCACUCUCUGUGGGUGUUGAUGUGAUGGGUGUCAUGUCAGGUUGGCGGUACGAGGAGGCUUUUGAGGAGUCGCAAAAGUACAAGAAGGGCAAGUUCAUCCUCGAAAAGGUCAAUCCAAUCAGCCACCCACAAAGAGAGCCAAGCCACACUUGGCUGGGACCGGACGGCCUCCCCGCCACCAUCCCAUCGUCUUUCUUGUUUUGCUUUCUUUCAAUUAGGCGUUGCUGCGUCCGAUUGACACCGACAUGGACGACGAGAAGAGCCCCCAGUGCUCCUACCGUGAGCACCACAGCAGUGCCAUGGACCCCCUGCUGGUCGACCCCACCCACACCGACAGCCAGUCACAACACCCAUCAUCGCCUGGCCUCCCACCCUCAGAGAGCGACCUGCCCUCACUCGCCGUCAUCAGGGGGUCCGAGGGGCUGCGGACACUCGGCAUACGGCUGCUCAACCAGGAUCCGGACGACAGAGGGGCGGGGGUCAUGGGCAGCCCCAGAGCAACCAACACUGAGAUACCCGAGAUCGACUGACUCACUGACUCACUUACUGACUGACCGCGAUAAAGGAGCGAGGGGAUGGUGGGGUGGUACACAUGUAUUGUAUCCUGUGACAUGAAGGGACUGGCAUGCCCGAUUUCUUGAGAUUACUCCGAAGCAAGCAUGCCUCUUUUUUCAUGUGCCAGACACAAUUGCCAGGGAGGGAGGGAGGAAGGGCCGUCAGUGGCUGGCUUGUGUGGUGCUGCCUGCCCCGUCAAGUGGUGUGAGGUGUACCGUGUACCAUGGUUGGUUGGUUGGGUUGGUUGAUUCCUUUCUUGCUUUCUGUUUGCCAGCGCAUCAGUGACUGCCUGACUGAUGACCUGCCUGUACGAGUAUCGUUUUUCACUCUGCUUGACUAACUUAACAAGGGGAGGGGGGACGAACGAACGAACACACAAACGAAGGAACCGGGGAUAAACGGGUGGGCCUUUUAAAUGCAGACAGACAGACAGACAGACGAGAAUUCAGCCCGCCGGAGAAGGGGACACAGGGAGGGAGGGAGGGAAGGCCCGUCUGCUGUUUGUUUGUGGGUCCGUGUAUGUGUGUGUCUCGGUGUAUUUCUGUGUGUUCUUCUGGUUGGUUGGAUGGAUGGAUGGGAGGCGGUCCCUCCCCCUCCGUUUUUGCCGACCCUGUGCCAGUUAGUCGGCAGACAAGCCCCUCCUUGCCUCCCUCCCUCCCUCCCUCCCUCGCUCUUUAUCCUUCACAUGCCUCACUCACCUAUUACCUUGCUGCCUUCUGGCUGGCUGCGGGGGAACGAAGAACCUGCUCGGAUGGAUGGAUGGAUGGACCGGGGGGCUGGCUAGUUUGUCUGUGCGGGAGAAUUCGGCUGAUGAUCGACACCACACUACAGGCAGGCAGAUCCAGACAGGCAGUGAGUGGGGUGGGGUGGUUCGGUUGCUCUCUCCUUCCCCGAUGUGUCAUGACGGAUGUAGGGCCAGUGGACAGACAGGGAACCGAUGGAUGGAUGGAUGGAUGGAUGGCUGCACGUCUGUCUGUCUGUCUGUCUGUGUAUGUGUGUUUGCGAGAGCUGUCUGCCAGCUCUCGGCAGGGCAGCCAGCCACCCGGCGUCGCUACCAUCCAUUCAUCCCAUCCAUCUGUGGUGUCUGCG